UUUUUUUAGCAGAAGAGGUGCACGCAUCCUGAGCAGAGGCAACAACUGGGCUCAACUAUGCUUUAUGAACUUGCUUGUGUUGUCCAUCUAGCAUUGUUCAAUUAUAUCACAAAUUCGUGGCACAUAUUGACGAUCAAGGUCAAGCGGAUAAAGGUUCUGAAGACUUAACUUUGCCACGUGCUAGCAUAAUGACCAACCUAAGAUCUCAGAGAACUAAAGCUCCAGCUUGUAAUCAAUCGGGAUCGAGCCAACUGGAAGUCUAUCUUAUUUCACUAAGAAACCAUUGUAAAGUCGUGGCCAAAGGAAAGUUAGUGACUCGUGACAGUACUCGAAGCAUUGCUGGGACUGUGCUUGGAAAAGAAUAUGUUGGGGUUUAUGUUGAUGCCCUUGACAAUGGAAACAAUGGAGAUAAAAUGUUACCUAGACCAUUCUAUUCUGUGAUAACUAUGAGGGAUGCUAUUGGCUUUGUUAUUGCUUGGCCCCGUUCACAUGUUAAACAACUUAAGAGUUCAACUCAAGCCGGUACAACAUUGCAUGAUGGAAACAUGUAACUUGAUGUGGAUGGGAAGACAAGCUACAAGUUUCAAAUAACUUGAUGUGGACGGAAAGACAAGCAACAAGUUUCAUAGUGAAUAAGAUAGAUUUUAGAUGUUCGUGAAAAAUAUAGAUAUUUGUAUGAUACCACUUUUCAUAUACUUCUUUAUGAUAGGUUUCUUUUUGAGAGUGCAAUUUAAUGAGUUAUUAAUUGGUAUCUUAUUUUGUAAAUACGAUGGAUUUUUCAA